GUACUCCCAUGGGUACAUAUCCGCUAGGGCAAGGGCCCACGGCGCCACACUCCACAGGACCAUCUCCGAGGCUGGCUCAGGAUGCGGCGCCAGGGGCACUAGGCUGGCGCCGCGGGUCUCCAGCGCGUGGCGCACGUCCUGCACGCCCCGCACUGGCGCAGGCCUGUACACCGCGUCGCGCACGCCCCGCCCCCCGGCGCCGCCUGCGUCCUUCCCACUCCAACGCUGGGUGACAUUGAGCUCACCAGCGCCACCGUCCCCGGCGAAGUUCUGCGCUGGUCGGCGGAGUAGCAAGUGGCCAUGGGGAGCCUCAGCGGUCUGCGCCUGGCAGCAGGAAGCUGUUUUAGGUUAUGUGAAAGAGAUGUUUCCUCAUCUCUAAGGCUUACCAGAAGCUCUGAUUUGAAGAGAAUAAAUGGAUUUUGCACAAAACCACAGGAAAGUCCCGGAGCUCCAUCCCGCACUUACAACAGAGUGCCUUUACACAAACCUACGGAUUGGCAGAAAAAGAUCCUCAUAUGGUCAGGUCGCUUCAAAAAGGAAGAUGAAAUCCCAGAGACUGUCUCGUUGGAGAUGCUUGAUGCUGCAAAGAACAAGAUGCGAGUGAAGAUCAGCUAUCUAAUGAUUGCCCUGACGGUGGUAGGAUGCAUCUUCAUGGUUAUUGAGGGCAAGAAGGCUGCCCAAAGACACGAGACUUUAACAAGCUUGAACUUAGAAAGGAAAGCUCGUCUGAAAGAGGAAGCAGCUAUGAAGGCCAAAACAGAAUAGCAGAGGUAUCCGUGUUGGCUGGAUUUUGAAAAUCCAGGAAUUAUGUUAUAAUGUGCCUGUAUUAAAAAGGAUGUGGUAUGAGGAUCCAUUUCAUAAAGUAUGAUUUGCCCAAACCUGUACCAUUUCCGUAUUUCUGCUGUAGAAGUAGAAAUAAAUUUUCUUAAAUAA